CUGGUCCCGGGCCGGGGCUGUGAUUGCGGCUCGCCGGUGUCCGUCCCCGAGCGAGCGCCGGUGGCGGGGCGGGGAGCCGGGCCGGCAGCCGCAGGUGGGGCUGCUGACAGCGAGGGACCCAACCCGGGAGCCCCCCAGGAUGCCCCGCGGGGACUCGGAGCAGGUGCGCUACUGCGCGCGCUUCUCCUACCUCUGGCUUAAGUUCUCGCUUGUCAUCUACUCCACAGUGUUCUGGCUGAUCGGGGCCCUGGUCCUGUCCGUGGGGAUCUAUGCAGAGGUCGAGAGGCAGAAAUACAGAACUCUGGAAAGUGCCUUUCUGGCCCCGGCCGUCAUCCUCAUCCUCCUGGGGGUCAUCAUGUUCAUCGUGUCCUUCAUCGGCGUGCUGGCUUCCCUCCGCGACAACCUGUGCCUUCUCCAAGCGUUUAUGUACAUCCUUGGGAUUUGCCUCAUAAUCGAGCUCAUUGGUGGUGUGGUGGCCUUGAUCUUCCGGAACCAGACCAUCGACUUUCUGAAUGACAACAUUCGAAGAGGAAUUGAGAACUAUUAUGACGAUCUGGACUUUAAAAACAUCAUGGACUUUGUUCAGAAGGAGUUUAAGUGCUGUGGCGGAGAAGACUACCGAGAUUGGAGCAAAAACCAGUACCACGACUGCAACGCCCCCGGACCGCUGGCCUGCGGGGUGCCCUACACGUGCUGCUUCAGAAACACGACAGAAGUUGUCAACACCAUGUGUGGCUACAGAACUAUUGACAAGGAGCGCCUCAGCGUGCAGAACAUCAUCUACGUGCGGGGCUGCACCAAUGCCGUGCUCAUCUGGUUCAUGGACAACUACACCAUCAUGGCGGGCCUCCUGCUGGGCAUCCUGCUCCCCCAGUUCCUGGGGGUGCUGCUGACAUUCCUGUACAUCACCCGGGUGGAGGACAUCAUCACAGAGCACUCUGUCACCGACGGGCUCCUGGGACCCGGCACCAAGCCCAGCGUGGAGGCCGCGGGCACGGGGUGCUGCAUGUGCUACCCCAGUUAGGGCCGCGGCCUGGGACAGCGGCUCCGGAAGGACGUGACAGGAUGGCUCUGCUCAGGCCACAUCAUGGGGGCCAGAUGGGACUGUGGCCCUCUCUCCACGUGCGGCACUGACCAGCGCCCCGGCUGCGUCUGCUCAGGGCUCCCAGGCCACCGCCUGUCUGGGGGGGUGGAGCCCCUCCUCAGCUGCAGGCUCCGGUGCCGCCCACCCUGCUGGGCGUGAGGGGCAGGGCGCCCCUCCUGCAGGCUCGCGCUGCCGGGCAAGGGGAGCUCGGCGCUGGGCUCCAGCCCCGGUUCGUUUCUGGUAGUGCCUUGGCCUUGGUGUUUGUGCCCCUUUGAGGGCAGUUUUGUGGUGACUUGUAAUCGGGAGGGAGGAGAGCAUGUGAGCCCCGAGGUCAAGGAGCAAGGGGGAGGGGUGCAGACCCCAGGCCCCAGCCCUUCGUCCUCACCCCUGACGCCAGGUUGGGCCCGUUUCUCAGCCUCCCGGGUGCCUUGAACCCUUCCGGGGCUGCUGCUUUGCUGACCCUGUUUUUUACAUGAUUUUUAUAACAUUCAUUUUGUACAGUUAACAGGAGUUUCCAACUAAUCAGAGCUGGAUGUUUCCCCUAUUCCACUCUUCCCCCUCCAAGCCAGUUUAUUAAUCAGACAAUAAAGACAUGAUUUUUUUUUU